UCCUGUCGCCGUCCGUCGCUACGUUAUUUCCUGCAGAGGAUGAGCGCAGCUUUGACAGCACGUAGGAACGCGUCAAGUUUGUUCGCAGAGCCGACCGGGAGCUGAGCGCCGGAGCGUCCCGGGACCGACGCGUCCAUCCGUCAGCAUCUGGAAAUGCUUGGGAUAGCAGCCUCUGAGUCUGGUGAGUGAGGGGCUGUUCCUCCCAGAUUCGCCUUGAUCUCCACCAUGGCAGGGGAUCUCUUUAGCCCCCCGUCCCCACUGGGGGAUUCCCUGCUGGACAGUCCGCUGUGUGGAGACCUGAUGGAGGAUCUUCGUGACAUCUCCCAGUCUAUAGGAGACGAUGCACUGGGAUUUGAUUUCUCGGUGUACCACAGCACUGGCUCGGGGUCUGAAAGCUCCAUUGCACUGGACACCCUGACCCCGGCCUCCAGCCCAUCAUCGGGGGUGUGCGGAGCCACGCCAGGCCCAGAGGAAAACUUCAGCCCCCUCAACCUGGACUGCCGGGUGUGCUCAGACAAGGCCUCAGGCUUCCACUACGGCGUGCAUGCCUGCGAGGGCUGCAAGGGUUUCUUCAGGAGGACAAUCAGGCUGAAGCUGGAGUAUGAUAAGUGUGAACGCAACUGCAAAAUCCAAAAGAAGAACCGCAACAAGUGCCAGUACUGCCGAUUCCACAAGUGCCUCUCUGUGGGCAUGUCCCACAAUGCCAUCCGGUUCGGUCGGAUGCCUCAGGCGGAGAAGCUAAAGCUGAAGGCCGAAAGCAAGAUGGUGGAGAAGGAGGUGGCGAGCCCCUUGCAGGCCGACCACAAGAUUCUGGUAGGGCAGAUCCACGAAGCCUACAUGAGGAACUUCAACAUGAACAAGGCAAAGGCACGGCUCAUACUCACCGGAAAAACUAGCAAACCGCCUUUCAUCAUUCACGACAUGGAGACGUUCCAGCUGGCAGAGAGGACGUUAGCGGUCCAUAUGGUAAACGGGGACAGUCCAGAGCCGGAGAGCCGCCUUCAAGCUGGGGAGCUGGUUCCGGCCACGGGGUGUGGGGAGCUCCAGCAGAGGGAAGCCGAAGCCAGGCUCUUCCACUGCUGCCAGAGCACCUCGGUGGAGACGGUCACAGAGUUGACGGAGUUCGCCAAGGCAGUACCGGGUUUCCAGAGCCUGGAUCUGAAUGAUCAGGUGACUCUAUUGAAAUAUGGCGUUUAUGAAGCCCUCUUCACCCUCCUGGCGUCCUGCAUGAACAAAGACGGCCUCCUGGUGGCGCGUGGUGGAGGCUUCAUCACACGAGAAUUUCUCAAGAGCCUCCGGCGGCCAUUUAGCGACAUGAUGGAGCCCAAAUUCCAGUUUGCCACACGCUUCAACUCCCUGGAGCUGGACGACAGCGACCUGGCCCUUUUCGUGGCCGCCAUUAUCUGCUGUGGAGAUCGCCCAGGCCUGGUGGAUGUGCCUCUUGUGGAGCGGCUGCAGGAAAGCAUCAUUCAGGCGCUACGGCUCCACCUGCAGGCCAACCACCCGGACAACAACUUCCUCUUCCCCAGACUGCUGCAGAAACUGGCCGACCUCCGGGAGCUGGUCACCGAGCAUGCUCAGCUGGUGCAGGAAAUCAAGACGUCAGAGGACACGUCGCUGCACCCGCUCCUGCAAGAAAUAUACAGGGACAUGUAUUGAGACGACAGCACACGGUCGUGAACUAUCAUGCAUAUCAGUGUACUGUGAGCAGCUUAUUUUGCAGCUUGGAUGGGUGCACGCUGCUGUGAUCUGCAGCGGGUGCAUUCAGACCCUGUGACUUACUGGAACAAAACAUAAAUGAAAUUCUUCUAGGAGGGGAAAGGCAGCUCUUGUAGGAGGCGUGGCUGCUUCCGUGAAAGGAGACAGACUGGGGAACAAACUUUUCAAUCUUACACCAUAGAUAUUUUGAGGUAUUUUUUUAUGCAAGAGACUGCUAUGGACUGGGUUCUGGAUGCCAGCUUCUACUCUACAGACUGAACAAAAGCUAAAUUGGGAGUAGGCUGUGUGUAUUUGCAUAGCAUUUAAAAUGGGUGUACACAUAUUAAAAAUACCUGGACUUGACUACUACAGUCAUACGUGCACUGAUGCUAAAUAAAUAAAUAAUUUUGCCUGUGAACAAUAAGUUGAAAUGCAGUAAAAGAAGCUGAACAGUUAUAGAAAUUUCAACAAUUUUAAUUCUGAGGCAACUGAAAUGUUAGUUGUGCAAUAAGCGCUAAACUCAAUACCGGACAUGUUCCUAAUAUUUUGGAUAUUUAAUGCGUAUAAUUGGAUUUGUCAUGUCUUUUCAUCAUGUACUAGUGCCUUAAUGACAUCGACCACAUCUCCCUCCCUCAAUCUUUUUGAGAUUAGUGGUUGCAACAACACUUACAUCAGUGUUCACGUCGUGCCAUAAUGUUUCCUCUAUUGUGACCACACCUUCACCACAAAACAAAUCAUAGAGCAAUUGUUUAACUAUUUAGUGUUUGAUCAGGGAAUGUUCUCACCUCAUAAAUCACAAACAGUGGUGCAUCAUUUGAAAAUAUUGUAAUUUAAUGUGUAAUGUAUUUAUUGUAAUCCUUUAUCCUACUGCUAAGAACCAACACAACAUGAUAGCUCACCUGUUUUUGUGCAAAUCCUGCCAUUAAGACACAUUUAAAAAAAAGAAAAAACAGUAUGUGCCAGUAUUGAAUAGUUUGACCACAAACACAAUAAUCUUUUAAGCUGGUUUAUGUUUUAUUUUGUAAAUAUAGCAAGAAUGUGGUGGCCAUAGUGGAAGGUGAGUGUGCAGCGCUGAUUGCCUCCUUCGCUGCUCUUCACCUCCCAAUGUAGUAUUGAAACACUGUUUCUUGUCAAAACUGUUUAUAUUUUUUAUCAUGUACAGGACUGUGUACAUUAGAUACAUUUGCUGUCUCAAUAAAAUGAUUUAUGUCAUGUUGUAGAAAUAAACUAAUAUAUUUAACUGAGAAA